AUGAGAGUUUGUGCACUAUUAUGCAUGGUAGCAAUAACAUAAUGCACUCAGAUCACAAACUAGGCAAGUAUGUUUGAUGAAUAGUUAGGAAAACUAAGUAACAGUAAAUUGGGUAAAACGAUAUUAAAUAUGAUAACAUUGCAAUAAUUUACAGAUGUAGACUUUAGUCUUUUGUUUACAGCACUAGAUGAUAUGUUGCAUAUUGCUAAAUUAUCAGUCCUUAAAUGUAUGCAUUAUUGUGAAAUAAAGAAUUAUCAUUUAUCGAGAUCGAUUUACAAGAUUUAAGUAAGAUUAGGGGAAUUAUCCCAUCUUCCUCACUUAUUUGAACCCUUAUCAAGGGUUCUCACUGAAAUGAGCACUUCAGGGUUUGCUGAUUAAGAAUAAGUAGGAAAUGCAAUUAAAUUACUUCAUUCUUUGAGAGGAGAUUUAGUAGCUUUCAAAUAAGCCUUGUAAAUGAAUGCAUAGGUAGAAAGAACAAUAAUAAUAAAAUUAUGA